AUGGCGCGGAAGCGUAACAGACUGCCGAUCGUACUGGUCAACUUGUCUGGACUCCGAGCACGCACUGGCUCACGCCAAAAUUUGCAUGCGUUUCGGAGAAUCAUCCAGACCUCCGCACUACCGGCCGAAUGUCGAAAAUCUGCAACAUCCUGCGAAGUUCGCCAAGUACCAGGCUUCUAUGUCUACACUACUGGCUUUAUCCUCCCACGAUGGUCUCAAUUCACAAUAGAUGCGCAUCAAAGACGCUUUAACUUCUGCCAGUACUAUCAGUUGUGGAUUUGCUUGUCACCCGCCGAAAAGCUGGAUCAGCACUGCCUCAUUGUCGCUGAUGGACAGACGCCGCUGGAUCCCAGCCGACGCGAG